GAGGCAGCAGCCAGAAAAAGGAAGCACGACUCGCUUAUCGCGUCAUUCUGGGCUUAGGCGUUGAGCAGGAAACAGCCUUUCCUCUCGUAUUGUCGCAGGAACAAACACACAUUUUUGUCUGUGCUCAAUGCAACCCACGGCACAGAACACGCGAAAGCCGGUCAGAAGGAAAAAUGCCUCCUUCGAUGCAGACAGCUCUCCUGCUGCUCCUCGGCGUCCUGGCUUUGGAGACGCGCCGGGACCGUGCCAUGGCGCUCCUCAUCCAAAACGCGUUCGAGUCUCCAAAUCACACCAAUAACUUCGCGGUGGACCCGGUGUCCAGGAAAGUUUACCUGGCCACCGUGAACUCUGUCUACCAGCUGAACGGCACCUUGAGCGUGGAGGUGGAGAAGAGGACCGGACCCGUGGAGGACAACCUGUUGUGCCAUGCGCCGCAGCUUCCCCAGGCUCCGUGCGAGCAUCCAAAAUCCCUCACGGACAACUACAACAAGCUCCUGGAGCUGGACCGGGAGCAGGGGGUGCUGGUCCUGUGCGGCUCCGUGUACCAGGGCUUCUGCGAGCUCAGGAAAAUGGAGAAUAUUUCCGAAAUAGCGGUGGAGUUCCCACCUGUGGGCGAGAAGACUGUCUUCCCCAGCAUGCUCAACAUCGCUGCCAAUCACCCGAACGCGUCCACGGUGGGGCUCAUCUUCAGGAGCCACGGGGGGAACACGCGCCUGCUCGUGGGGGCCACAUACACAGGGGCCGGGACCCAGUUUUUCCCCAAGAACCACAGCAAAGAGGACCUGCGCUUUGAGAACACUCCCGAGAUCGCGAUCCGCUCCCUGAACAUCAAGGAUCUAUCCAGACUUUUCACCUACGACAUCAACCCCUCGGAGGAUAAUGUCUUCAAGAUCAAGCAGGAGGUUAAAACCAAAAACAAGCUCAACUUCGUGCGCGCCUUCAUCCAGAAGUCUUACUCGUACAUUGCCUUCAACAAUGACGCCAAACUGGGCCACAAGGAGAGUCAGCCCAACAGCAUCCUCGCCCGGAUCUGUCUGGACACAGACACCCCGAGGAAGUCGUCCGGGCCGGAGAGCAGGAAGCUGACCGAGUCCUACAUCCAGAUGCCGCUGCAGUGUGGAUUUAACGGGAACACGUACAACCGGCUGCUGUCCGUGCACCCGGCGGAGAUCCACGCCGAGGACGCGCAGAGCCCGGAGCCUUACCUGUUUGCUGUCUUCUCCAAGGACAGACAGUCGGAGAGGAAGACCGCGCUGUGCGCCUUCAAGUUUGGAGACAUCGAGGAGGAGAUCCGACAAGGCCGGAGGAACUGCUCCAACUCCCCCAGCAGCGACGUCCAGGUGCUGGACAGCGUCAUCCAAGGCUCCGGGGCAGCCUGUAUCCAGAAGGGGAACCUGGUGUUGCAGCCCGAGCAGCUGGACUGUGGCGCUGCCCACCUGCAGCAUCCUCUGGCCCUACGGAGGCCCCUGAGGUCCAUUCCUCUGUUUGAAUACCCAGGUCUCACGUCAGUGUCUGUGGACAAUGUACACAACCACACUGUGGUUUUUCUGGGAACCAGUAAUGGACGACUCCGUAAGCUGACCCUCCUGGCAAACAUGACCUUGGCCAAUCAGUGGACCCUGAAGCUGCCAGCCAGCGAGGCCGUCCACCACAUCAUGACCUUUGAUCCCAGUGACAGGAACUUCCUUUAUCUCAUGACCUCUCACCACAUGCUCAGGGUGAAAGUGUCAGAGUGUGACCAGUGGAAGAGCUGCAGUGGCUGUUUGGGAGCAGGUGACGCCCACUGUGGAUGGUGCACUCUGGAGAACAGAUGCACCAUCCAGAAGGAGUGUCCCCACGGUCGGUUGUCACGCUCCUGGAUCAGCAUGAGUGAAGGCCCUCAGCAGUGUCCGUCCAUCACGCUGACGCCUCCAGAGAUCAGCAUCUCUGCAGACAUCAAGGACGUCGGCAUCCUGAUAAACGGCAGUGUUCCUGAUCUGGCCGGCUCCCGCGUGGAGUGCGAAUACGGGCCGGGUGUUUCUACAGCUGCCACGGUGCACCUGGACUACGGCCCCGCUCAGAUCCAGACCUGUCCGCUGCUCCCUCGAGAAAACUACCAACCCAUCCUUCCCGGCACAGAUCAUCUGACUGUUUCUGUGGCGAUAAAAGUGAAUGGCACAUCUGUCGUAUCUGGGAACUUCAUCAUCUACGACUGCGAGAGGACUGGAGCAAUACACCCCAAGACGUCAUGUGUGAGCUGCCUGAGCACAAGAUGGAAGUGUUACUGGGACCAAGAGAACCACCUCUGUGUCUCCAAUAAAGACGAGACAAAGCUCAACCUGCUGGAGAAUGCCGCUUCCUGUCCCAGCCUGGUUGCCUCAGAGGUUCCUCCGGUACCAUCAGGAAUGGCCCAGGACUUCACCUUGUCCCUCAACCACAUCCAGGAGGGGGAGGAGCUGGAAUGUGAUUUCGGGACGGAGCAGCGCUACGAGGCGGCGUGGCUGAACGGCUCGACUGUCAAGUGCAGCGGAGUCACGCUGUCCACCAAUCAGAGGAGUCAGAUUUACCACCUCAACCUGAGGAGGAGAGGAUACCCUCGCGAUCAGGGGGAGGACAUUUUUGUCGACAGCCCUCAGCCCAUGAAAGUGGAGGUGUACAACUGUGGAGUGGGCAGCUCCGACUGCUCUCAGUGCUGGGGCCGCGAGGAUCAGGGUCACCGCUGCGGCUGGUGCGAAAACAGCUGUAGGCCACGGGAUGAAUGCCAGCCAAUCAGAGAUCAAUGUCCGGCUCCUGAGAUCCACAAGAUCUCGCCCCUCAGCGGUCCAGUGGAAGGAGGCACCUUGCUGACAAUAGAGGGCAGGAACCUGGGCCGCAGGGCUGAUGCAGUGAAGGUCUUAAUUGGAGAUGUGCCAUGUGGUCUCCUGCCUGAGCUCUACACCAUCUCUGUUAAGUUGGUGUGUGUCACCGGGUGGUCUGAACAAGACAGGACAGACAUUGUCCAAGUGGACGUGGACCACAGUGGGAUGGGCACAUCAAAGGAGACGUUCUCAUACUUAGUCCCAAAGCUUCUGUCCAUGGAGCCGAGGAAGGGCUCUCGUGCUGGGGGAACCAGGGUGACCAUCUGGGGGGAGCACCUGGACAUUGGCUUUCAGGUCAAUGUCAAGGUCAACAACACGGUGGAAUGCACCAUCACAGAGAAAACAGAAGAAUUCAUUGAGUGCACCAUGCCACCGGCCUUGCAGAUGCACACUGAGUCCGUGACAGUGUGCGUCGAGUUUGAAGGCCUCCCUUGUCAGAGCACGGAGCUUAGCACCACCUACACGUAUGAGAAGAACCCCACCAUCAGCUUCAUCCACCCCAAGAAAAGUUACCUCAGUGGUGGCAGGACCGUCACAGUAAAAGGCCAGGGUUUCGAUCUGGUGCAGAGCGUCACCAUGCAGGUGCUGGGAAUCGGAGAAACACACUGCACCGUGCUCUCCUCCACCAUCAUCACCUGUCUGUCUCCAGCAUCCAGCCAGUCCCAGCAGACCUCAGCAGAGUUCUUCCUGAAUGGAGUCCUCUACACGGGAGACAGUCCCUUCUCCUCUGACGAGGAGCCCGAGGAAGAGGAGGGGGAGCUUCACAAGGGUCACUUCAUGCUGGAAUACGUGGAGGACCCCCAGUUCUUCACCGCCAGCAAGGAGAAGCUGAUCAAACACCACCCUGGAGAGCCGCUGACUCUCAUCAUCAACAAAGGGCCGAGUGAUCUGGAGCUGGCACCGGAGGAAUACUCAGUGAUGAUUGGCUCCUAUCCCUGUAACAUCAGCUUCCAUAAUGACCAGCUGUUUCACUGCACUAUCAAUGGACUGCUGAGCUCCAGCGAGCGGGAGCUACCUGUCACCGUUCAAGUGGGGAACUUCCAUCGCAUCAUCGCCAAAGUGCAACUCGGCGGAAGUGAGCUGGCCAUCGUGGUCUCCAUUGUGGUGUGCUGCGUGCUGCUGUUGCUGUGCACCGUGGCUCUGGUCGUGUACUGCACUAAGAGUCGAAGGGCGGAGCGCUACUGGCAGAAAACCCUCGUGCAAAUGGAGGAGAUGGAGUCCCAAAUCAGAGAGGAGAUCCGUAAAGGCUUUGCAGAGCUGCAGACAGACAUGACAGACCUUACCAAGGAGUUGAAUCGCAGUCAGGGCAUUCCCUUUUUGGAGUACAAACAGUUUGUCACCCGCACGUUCUUCCCCAAGAUGUUCUCAGAUUACGAGAAGAGUCUCGUGCAGCCCGUCUAUGAGAACGAUGGUCUGGGCCCUCGUGUACAGCUGCCGGAGACUCACCCUCUGCUGCAGGACUGGCAGGCCAACAACACAACAAGGCCUAACGUUGAGGAGGGUAUCACCCUGUUCUCCACGCUCCUCAACAACAAGCACUUUCUCAUCACAUUUGUCCACGCUCUGGAGCAGCAGAAGGACUUUGCCGUGAGAGACAGAUGCAGCCUGGCAUCCCUGCUCACCAUCGCCCUCCAUGGUAAGCUGGAGUACUACACCAGUAUAAUGAAAGACCUGCUGGUGGACCUGAUUGACGCCUCGGCCUCGAAGAACCCCAAGCUGAUGCUGCGUCGCACGGAGUCUGUCGUGGAGAAGAUGCUGACCAACUGGAUGUCCAUCUGCAUGUACAGCUACCUCAAGGAGACAGUGGGUGAGCCUUUCUUCCUGCUGCUGUGCGCAAUCAAGCAGCAGAUCAACAAGGGAUCGAUAGAUGCCAUCACAGGAAAGGCCCGCUACACCCUCAACGAGGAGUGGCUGCUCCGCGAGAACAUUGAGGCCAAGCCACAGAACAUCAACGUGUCCUUCCAGGGCUGUGGCAUGGACUCGCUAUCCGUCAGGGUCAUGAACACAGACACAAUCUGCCAGGUGAAGGAAAAAAUCAUUGAAGCCUUUUAUAAAAACCUGCCAUUCUCCCAGUGGCCGCGAGCAGAGGACGUAGACCUGGAGUGGUUUGACUCGGGCAGCAACAGCAAACUUCUGCAGGAUCUGGAUAACUCCUCGGUGAUGGAGGACGGGCGAAAGAAGCUCAACACAGUCUUCCAUUACCAGAUCCCAGAGGGGGCAUCUUUGGCCAUGAGCAUGAAAGACAAGAGAGAGAACACCCUGGGGAGAGUUAAAGACCUGGAUACAGAGAAAUACGUACAUUUGGUCCUACCUCAUGAUGAGCUAAUGGAGACGAAGAAGUCACACAGACAGAGUCACCGCAAGAAAGUCCUGCCUGAAAUCUACCUGACACGUUUGCUCUCCACCAAGGGAACCCUUCAGAAGUUCCUGGAUGACCUCUUUCAAGCCAUCCUUAGCAUCCCACCCGAACGCCCUCCUUUAGCUGUCAAGUAUUUCUUUGACUUCCUGGAAGAACAGGCUGACAAACGGGGCAUCACAGACCCAGACACCCUGCACAUCUGGAAAACCAACAGUUUACCUCUGCGUUUCUGGGUGAACAUCCUGAAGAAUCCUCAGUUCGUGUUUGACAUUGAUAAGACGGAUCACAUGGAUGCCUGUCUGUCUGUCAUCGCCCAGGCUUUCAUCGACGCCUGCUCCGUUUCUGACCUGCAGCUUGGCAAGGACUCCCCUACCAACAAGCUGCUGUAUGCCAAGGAGAUCCCAGAAUAUAAGAAGAGAGUGCAGUGCUACUACAAGCAGAUACAGGAAAUGUCGCCUCUGAGCGAACAAGAGAUGAACGCUCACCUGGCGGAGGAGUCACGGAAAUACAGAAAUGAAUUCAACACCAACCUGGCCUUGACGGAAAUCUACAAAUAUGCCAAAAGAUACAGACACCAGGUGGUGAGCGCUCUGGAGUCCAACCCCACCGCGCGGCGCACUCAGCUGCACCACAAGUUCGAGCAGGUCAUUGCUCUCGUGGAGGACAACAUCUACGAGUGCUGCAGCGAGGCCUGAGCCUGCACGCCUGCCUCUCUUCCACUCGCCACCUCUUCCUCCUGCUGACAGCUGCCUCUCUCUCUCUGUCUCUCCCUCUCCCUCUCUCUCACUCGCUCUCACCUACACAGUUACUGGGGAAUGUCGGCCACUUGCUGAGCGCCGCUGUUAUUCCCACAGACUCUAACAAAGUGGCAGAGUGAAGGGACUUAAAUCUGUGUUCCUCCUUUCAUCUGGGAACGCCGUGCAGAAUCUCCCAAAUGCUUCCCGGCGACACGGACAGACAGAAUUCCAGUUUGACUCGGCUCUAUGCUUUAGAGGGAACGUGUAGGAGCUUGGAGAUGAGGCUCUUUUUUUUUUUUUUUUGUCUGGAUGUCUUUACAGUUACUGGGAGCUACAGGAAGCCCUGGUGGCAAUCUUUUAACGCACUGAACCCUUUUUUCCUGAAGGGAAUGAGCCAAUGAUGCACUGUACUGUAUUAUAAUGUCAAUAGCAAUAUUUAUAGAUGUGUUAUAAUGCUUUCAGGUGGCCUCCUGUUUGCCAGGAUGAGUAGAAACUCCUCCUGUCUCCUAAAGCCUGCACUGUUCUCAGGUGUGAUUGACGACGGCUGACGUGCUGCCGUCGACCGUCCGGACAGUGCGUCUCUUUGUGCUUUGCAGGUUGAUGAUGGAAGACGGAGUGGACGGACGAAAAAUAUAAAUGACUGAAUGAAAUGGAAUGUUUAUGUGGUUCACUGGGAAGAGCUGCAUCAGAAGAGGAGAUGUGUCGAUCGAUCGUCAGUGUUCUUGUAAAAAAAAAAAAUGAAUAUCAUGUUGGAUUCCAGACCAAUGUACAAGAGGGAAAUUUACAUAUAUGACAUAAAAGUGAGGUCAAUAUAAUCCCAGGAGAGCCUGUAUUUGUGACGCCAAAUGACCGUGUCCAUGUGUGUGAAAUGAAUUAACAGUAUUUAGGAUUUUAAAAUGUCGAAUAAUGACAACAUUUAUCAUAAA